AUGAAAUUUCCAUAUUCUCUAUCCAAACGAUUUUUGUUUCCUAUUUUGUUCAUGCAAUUCCUCAUCACACAAAGUGUUUCGUCACUGAACCUUACCAAUGAAUAUCUCAACCACAAAUGCCUCAAUCAGGGGAAAUAUAACUACGGAAGUGAGUACGAGAACAAUCUCAACUCGAUCUUUCAUGACUUUUCUACUAGUGAGUAUGCUGAAACUGGUUUCGUAGACGCAAGUCUUGGAAAAACGAUAGCCGAUUUUGUUAAUGUCGCUCUCCAAUGUCGUGGUGACUCUUAUAGAUCUAAUUGUCGUACAUGCGUUAACACUGCAAUUUCGGGGUUUCGUAAGAGAUGUCCGAGUAACAAAGGAGGAAUAAUAUGGUACGAUCAAUGUCUUCUCUAUAUUACUACAGUCGAAAGAAAGACUCCAUUCAAGAUUAAUUACGACAACAUUUUUUUUAUGCACAACCCAAAUAACGUGAAAGGGGAUGCAAAACUGUUCGCCAAGAGGGUGAGGGAUUUUAUCUAUGAGCUAACACUUAAAGUCAUGAAAAUCACCAAUAACGGUGAACUCGAUUUUUACGCGGCGGGAGAAAAGAAGCUCGGGAAAAAUAAAUUAUAUGCAAUGGUGCAAUGCAAUCCACUAACAAGAGAUUGUGAAAAAUGUUUGGCAUGGAGUAUCAUAAAUCUUUUAAAAAACAACGACACUAAACAAGGUGGGCGAGUUUUGGGUACGAAUUGUAAUGUAAGAUAUGAGCUAUACCCUUUUCUUAGAAGUUAAAGCAUUUUUAAGUUAUGUUUAUUUUUUCUUUUUGUUGCUAAAAUGCAAUACAUAUAUCAAUAAAAGGAGUGUUUAC